AUGAAGCGCCGGAAUACGAAAGAGGAGGACGAAGAGAUCGAUUCCGAUGAGAUUGUAGACUUUAAUCCCUCCGAUACCGGCGAAAAAGAUGAACAAGAUAACUUUUUCACUGAAACACCAGAUGAAAAACGUAUAAGAAAGGCAAAAGAGCAUCUCGAAUUCAUCAAGAGACAAAAUGCGGAUAAUGAUGACGAAGCAGAGAAAGUUCUACGUGCAGAUUACGAAGAACAAUCGGGAACAAGAUUCGACGACAUCAAACUUCAAUUAAGUACAAAAAGUCCAGAGCCAAUUAGAUACCGCGCUCAUAGAGUUGCGCCAACAUGUUUCUGUUUUGGUCCUGGCUGCAUAUUUAGUGGAUCAAAAGAUGCAACUGUUGUAAAGAUAGAAUAUGACUUAGCAAAUCCAAGUUUCAGGAAGCAUGAAACCGUCGCGCUUGCUCAAGCACCUGUCAAUUCAAUCGAUUAUAAUUUUUCACGAAAGAUUUUAGCUGUUGGCUCAGCGGAUGGACUAGUUACUUUAUACGAUAUGGAAGGUGAUGAAACACCGAUUACAUUAAAAGGCCAUAGGAAGUCUGUGACCGGUGUAGUUUUUAAUCAGAAAGGAGUUGAAGUUUUCUCAUGUUCAGAAGACCUUAAUGUUAGAGUAUGGGAUAGUACAAACGGAAAUAUCCUGAUGACGCUCUUCGGCCAUCAGUCUUCCGUUCUCGGAUUAGAUUUUUGCAAUGUACUUGUUUCUUGCGGCGCAGAUAGAUCAGUUAGACUUUGGAAAUACCAAGAAGAGAAACAAUUAUUGUUCCUCUCCAAAAAGUGUCUCCAGUCCAUUGAAUGUAUUUCUAUGUUCAAUAAUACGAUGUGCAUCUCCGGAUCAUCUGAUGAGCAGCUAUGUCUAUGGGAUUUAACAAGAAAGAACCCACAGUACAUUAUAGAGCACGCUCACGGAGUUGGAAAUCCAAUUUCCGCAGUUGCAGCUCUCAGAUUCAGAAAACUGUUCGCAAGUGGCAGCUGCGACGGAUAUAUUCGUUUCUGGGAGAUUAAAGAUAGAAAGAUUGUUCCGUUGUUCAACGUAAAAUUGGAGGGAUAUGUUGUUGACAUGAAAUUCUCCGAACGCGGUGAUUUCCUCGCAGUACAGAUCUCUUACGAGGAAAGACUUGGUCGUUGGCACCCAACAAUUAAAACAAAACAAGGUGUUUAUAUAAUUAAGCUUGAAGCUGUCAAAAUAUAA